UGGGGAAAAAAGUUUUACGUGCAUUCGGUGUUUUUGUGUGUCGUAUUUUCUCACUUUUCUCCCUUCCGCGGAGUGCAAAUGACGCGAAAACUGUCUCACUUUCCGCACUAGAUGUCGUACAACUGGUUGUGAGUGUGCAACAUGCUCCAGAAUGGACACGAAGAAGGAUAUUUACAAUCUUUGGAUUCAGUACACAACCAAGAGCGAUGAGGUGUUCUUUCGGCAAUUCGUGCGAGGCUUCGUGGCGAUUUGGCGGGAUCAGCUCAACUUGGAGCUGGAGAAAAUGCCCGCUCCGUCGGAGAUCAAGUCAGAUUCGGGGCCCCACAUUAAGCGACUGCCCGAGGAGUUACUUCCCGCCAUUCAGAAGUUCCUCAUUAUCGCGAAAAGCGAUGGCGAGAAGAGAAUUCUCCGGGAUGACGAAAUCUCAGACACAACUCUGCUCUUCGAGUGCCUCACCAUCAUUUGCCGCCACUUUGACAACAUCCCUCAGGUGGCGCGAUCGAAUUUCGUCCCGGUGGGUGUGGAAGUUAUAUCAGGAGUUCUGAACAGUGUCAAUAGGGAGAGGAAUGAACUGCCCAAGGCUAUCCGGGGACUCGUGAAGACCUUCAGCAGUUUCGUAGAGGUGAUAUUUGAUCCCUUCCUCACAUGGAGGCACUUUGUGAACACAGAUCUCUACGAGAUCUCUCACCAUCCUAACACGCAGCUCAACUCUGAGAUCAUUCCCUUCAUUUACGGUUGCUUUGAGGACGGCACGCUCACCAGCGACUCUCUGAACAUCCUGGGUGGCAUCAUUGGGGGAUCCCAGAUCAAUGCCCAGCGCGCCGUGUGUCCUGCUACUGUGAAGAUUAUCGUGAGCCUGAUUUCUACGUGGGAAUGCGAGACGAAUCUUCGUCUUGUGGCUCUGAAGUGCUUUAAUUUGAUGGUGAUCGUUCUCCUGAAGGCAUCACCUGAGACAAGACAGAUUGAAUUGACCACAGUGAUGCAGCAGUACCACGAAUCCAUUGUGUUGCUGCUGAAAACUAAGCACUUCAUGCGAAAAUUCCAGGGCGAAGCCUUUGACAUCACCGACGAAGUGGAUUCUUGCAUUGAUGUGUCCGCACUUCAUGCCCUCAUCGACAAUCUGAGGAGUUUACUGCAAGAACCCACGGUGCGGAUGAACGUGUGCAAGAUAAUGAUAGACAAUAACAUCCUGAACAUCCUGAUUGGAGUGCCAAAUAUAAUUGUAUCAUGGGAUGUGGAUAGACAGAGCCUGAUGGCAACUUGCGUGAGAGUUCUGAGACACAUUUGCUGGGCUUCUCACCACCAAAUGAGGCGAUUAUCAAUUGAGAAACUAUUUCAAGGCCUCCGGCUCUGUGGCAAACCAUCGAGGGAUCUUGUGGCGGAGCUAAUCGCCCUUACUGACGCGCUCGACGAUGAGCUCUUUAUCAACUGUGACGUCAUGCGAGAGAUAAUAGCGUGGCUCGGGGAUUUUGGCGAGAAAGAACAGCAAUUCGCUAUGAAGCGCUUGCUGACUAUUUGCACAAUGAAUGUCAAUAGGAAAAUACUCGCAUGUGAAAGUAGAAUUGUUGAGGCGAUUUGUGAGAGUCUCAAGAGAUUCCAGAGACUCUCGCCAGAAACGAUAUGCGAUAUGACAAAAGUGGUUGAGAAACUGGGAAAGUACACAAUUCAUCCGAUCGAAGUGAAGAAGCUUUUCCAACUUCUCAGGGAGGACUUCAAGUUCACUUACAGAUUUGAAUUGCUAGAAGCUAUGGUGAAUAUUUCGUCUCACUGCUCUGGAAAUCAUGCGGAGAAUCGACACUUCUUCAACAUUCAAAAGAAUGACGAAGGCAUCACUGUGCCGGAUAUAGAAUUGUGGCAGUCAGCAAAUCCGCCAAGUGGAUUUGUCUUUCACACUUCAAUCAAUCUCGAGAGAUUUCCAUCGGACGCUAAUGUUGAGAGUCCUGAUGAAUUGAGCGCUAAAGCGUAUCGAAGGCAGCUUCUGUGCCUCUUGAGCAGUCAAGGCACGGGCUUUGAAGUUUUCGUCAGUCACUCAGGAAGUCUCACUCUGGCAGCUAUCACUAAGAAGGAAUACCACACAGUCUCUGCGAAUGAGGCGAAGCUCUGCGAUGGACAGUGGCACGCGAUUACAGUGUCUGUGGUACCGUCCAAGAGGCCCUUCUCAUACUUUCAAAUCACAAUGUACCGCGAUCAGGACAUUCUGCUCAGCACAUCUCUGAAGAUUGGUAGUCAUCACGAGAAGUUUGUCUAUUGCACAAUUGGAGCGCCCGUGAGUCGCGUUCAGGAGACUCCUGUGGCAGAUGUGGAGGAUGCUCGAGACAAUAGCAACACUAUGAAGGGACUCUUUCCCUCACUUUUCGAGAAGGCCGUCACCCAGGCCCCGAAUUACUUCACUCUGCCUCUCAAGGGCUUCUCGUCUCAAGAUCCUAGUACAAAGUGCAUCGCUCUGGGCCUCCAGGAGAGUGUCUUCGGCAGUCAAAUCUGCCUUCGUGGCCAAAUGGGAUGUGUUCUCCUCGCGGAGUCCAAUUACCAGCUGAAGAACGCCGUGGAAGCGGGAGGAAGGAUAGCGUCAGUUGUCUCGCAGGACAGCGAGAGCCACGAUGGCGCCACGUCGAAGGUGGUCUUCUGCUUCUCGCCAUCCGCAUGCUGUGAUAGUGUGUGCGUUGAUUUAUCGCUGGGGAAGAAGUUCACGGGUCACACCGUGGCCAAAUUCCACCAUGUUAUAACAAUUCAGGAUGCAGUGAAGAGCAUAGGUGGAAUUGAAGUGUUCUUUCCGUUGCUGGAGUGCUUCAGAGAGUCCCUGGAUACAUCUGCCGAGGAGAGUGAGAAGAGCCUUUGUGAAUCUCCGUGUGAUACGAAGAAUCUGAAGAAUCCCAUCGCCUAUCUUCUCAUUUUGUUGCGAUACUACACAAAUUGUGAGAGCCUUCAGGACAACUAUGAAAGUGUGGGUCUCAUUGGAUCGCUUGUGGCGCAAUGUGAUGCAACUCUUCUGGAUGUUCAUGUGCUGAUGGCAUUGCAGAUCUUCAUUGAGACAGUGCAGCAAAAGUACAAAAGUGCUAAUAAUGUGCCUCUUUUAGAGGCUCUGCAUGAGCAUUUGCUCUUCAACUUCAGGAUUUGGUCGAAGGCCUCAUUCCAGAUCAUCAUUGGACACACGCAGUACCUUCAGACGCUCGUGAAGACUGACAGAAAGUAUUUUAGAAAAAAAUACGGCAUUCAAUUCAUUUUUGACACCAUCAGAUUGUAUUUCAUCACGCCGAACAACAUUCCACUGGACGAUGCAAAGUCCAUUCGAAUGGCUCUGCUGGACAUCACGAAGUAUUACAUUCAGAAGGAGAUCAAUGUUAAGGAAGUCAAUGUUCUGUUGAGCUUCUUGGCCACGGGGAAGAAUGAAGUGGUGUCAAUUGAAGUGAUAGACUUACUGGUGAAUCACAUGGAUGCAAACUGCAAGGAUCAGAUAUUCCUGUUAAUGCUGGAACCACAGACGGCGGAGCUGCUGUAUUGCAUGCUCCUGGAGAGGACAUUCUCUGUGGAACUGCACAAUGCCGUACUUAAGCUGAUCUGGUGUCUGCUGAAGACAAAGUGGGUGUCGCAGAGGCACAAAAACUACCUCAUACUGCAGGACAAAUCAGUUCAGGGACAGAGUCUCUAUCCUGGACUCCUGACUUACCUCUUUCCUGUGCGGUUGGAGGAUGAAAUCCUAGUCAGUUUGGCUGAUCAGAUGCUCUCGAGUAACUCUGAAUCAGGCUACUGUGGCAUUGUGUACUUAAUGAACAAUCUCCAGUAUCGAGACUUGAGUCUGAAGCUGGAGAUUAGCAAGAAACUCAUCUCGACUGUGUUCACGAAACAAAAUUCACCGGGAUUGAUUGCUCAACAGAGAGGAUGGCAGCAAGCAAUAAUGAAGCUGCUGGUGAAGAAGUCCAUCAAGAUGGACAUGAAGAGUUCAGAGGUGGAUUUUAUCAGCUUCGAUGAUAAGACUCCCGUGGAGAGCAGAGAGUUUCCGUUCGAGGAGAAUUUCUCACUGUCCGAGGCUGCAGAUGCGAUGGAAGUGUUUGACAAUGACAAUCUGAGUCUUAACUCAAUGAGUACAGUGAGUGAGGUGAAUUCUCUGGCAUCGCCAACACCAACAGGAAGAGUGCCAUCUGAUCCUCCGUCGACAAUCUCGACGGUUCUCCCCGAAAUGGAGAACACUGUGAGCGAUGAGGAGCAGCUUGUGUAUCUCCUCACGAACAUCAUCUUCACGAUUCUCUGGCGCGGCAUUCCGGACAAGAAGGAGUCCUGGAAGGCCAGAGGAGAAAUAAUCGCGUCAGUUAACUUGCUAGCUCUCACCAAUGAACUCUUCUGUUCGCAUCUCAUCCUGCGAUUGCGCCUUCUCGAGAUGACAGUUCAGGCGUGCCUGAUUGAGAUUGGCGAAGGCAGUGCACAGAAUAUGGAGCUCCAGCAGUACUGUGCACAGCUUCUGCGCAUGGUUUACGAUCUGGUGGUGCUGGAUCAGAACAAAGACGAUCUCAAGAAGUGCUCAGCGAAGCUCCUCGACGGCGUUCUUGCUUUGCUGGACGCUUUAAUGGUAUUUCAAAGCUCUGCUGUUGACGAUUGGUUGGAGAUGAAGAGAGUUUGCCUGGGAUUGUUGAUCCAGUGUUCUCAUAGUUCAGAUCCAGCGAUUGUGGCCAUGGCCACAGCGAAGUUACACUACAUCCUGCAAUCUCGCACCCUGACAGAUCUCGAAGAAGUGAGCUAUCUCGUGUUCAGACUCAGCGGAGCACUGGAGAAUGCCAUAGAAGUCGGUAAUCCAGAAGAGUAUUCGUUCCUGAUUCCUGUGAUGAAAGCUCUCCUUGAGAAGACGGAAACAAUGUUGGGAUUGUCAGUGAAUGUACCAGAUUUGCCUUCUCUCACUUCUGGGCCGGCAUUUUUCGAGGAGUUCCAGAUGUUCGCUGGUCACAAGCAGUGGAGGAAUUUCAUAAAGAAAAGGAUAGAACCACUGCACGAUGCGUAUCAGAAGGAAAUUGAAGUGACUCUGUGUGAACCAUUAAACACCUUUUGGGCGGAAUGCUAUGAAUCUUGCAAGACAACUGGUAAAUUAUGCAAAGAGAUUGAAAUGGAAAGUCGCACGAGAUUUCAGGAGAAAAUCAUUCUGCCAUGGCGGCACAGGCAGAGCGACGAGAUUCAUCGGCAGAACUCCUUGGCGGCAAGCACAAAGGCCGAAGAGAGCCAGUGUGAUCGACUGUACAGGGAGUUCCGACGGAGCUUGUAUGGUCCUCGCGGUCCGUGGAGUCAGAGUGUGCCCAAAGAGGAUCACUGGAAGUUGCUCAAUCGAGAGAAUUUUAGUCGCAUGAGAAUGAAAUUGGAGCCCAAUCUUUAUCACAAUCCUCACACAAUGGCGGCGAGUUUGAGGGACAACACUACGCUUGAUGACGAUCGUCGGUUAUCGGCGGAUUUUGGAUCAGCAAUUAUUCCUUCAGCCAAACCCUUGGACAUCACUGAUGAGGAGGGAUUCGUAGUGCUGGAGGAGGAUUUCAGGUUCUCCCAAGAAGUGUCAAUUUCCGAGGAGUCUCAAGCACAAGAGGUGGACAAGGAGAAGAUCAUCGUUAGCUAUGAAUGUGAACUUAUUGCCCUGAUGUCAAGGGUGAAAGGGAAGCUGGAACUCAGUGCCACAAGUGUGGCAUUUGUGGAUCAAUCUUCCCAGCAGCAGCAAGACAUGAAGCAUGACUUCAAAUUCCCACUGGCGCUGCUGCGAGAGAUUCAUCUGAGGAAGUACAAUCUGAGGAGAAGCGCGCUGGAGAUGUUCCUCGUCGAUCAGCGAAGUUACUUCAUCAAUCUGACCACCAAGACGAGGAACAAGGUGUUCUCGAAGAUCCUGGGACUGCAACCGCCAAACAUUCAGUAUGGAUCAGGAAGGGCGCCUAGUGAACUGUUGAAAGCCUCAGGAUUGACACAAAAGUGGGUGAAUCGAGAGAUCACAAACUUUGACUACUUAAUGCACCUCAACACAAUUGCCGGAAGGACUCACAAUGACCUGAGUCAGUAUCCAAUAUUCCCAUGGAUUCUGGCUGACUACACGAGCGAGAUUCUCGACCUGACCAAUCCAAAGUCCUUCAGGGAUCUCUCGAAGCCUAUCGGCGUGGUGAAUCCCAAGAAUGAGGCCGGAGUGAGGAGCAAAUUCGAGAAUUUCGUUGAUCCCUCAGGAGUGACACCGAACUUCCACUACGGAACACAUUACUCCAACUCCGCAGGAGUUCUGCAGUACCUCAUUCGUCUGGAGCCCUUCACCACGCUCCAUGUGGAACUGCAGAGUGGGAGAUUCGAUGUGGCGGACCGGCAGUUCCACUCCAUCGCCCAGACGUGGCGACAGCUCAUGGACAGUCUGAACGACGUGAAGGAACUCAUUCCGGAAUUCUUCUACAUGCCCGACUUCCUGAGGAACAUUAAUGGUCUGGAUUUGGGAGUUUUGCAAACGACGCAGGAGCGUGUUGGCGACGUCAUUCUGCCUCCAUGGGCAGACAGCCCUGAGAGCUUCAUUGCCAUCCACCGAAGAGCCCUGGAAUCUGAGUAUGUCUCUGCAAACCUCCAUCGCUGGAUUGAUCUAAUAUUUGGAUGCAAGCAGAAAGGCAAGGGAGCAAUUGAGGCGCUGAAUGUCUUUCAGUACUACUCUUACGAAGGCGCCGUGGAUCUGGACAAGAUUAGUGAUGCAAAGGAGCGAGAAGCCAUUGAGGGGAUCAUCAAUAACUUCGGCCAGACUCCUUCUCAGUUGCUGAGGGAGCCUCAUCCCCGACGACUGACGUCUGAAGAGUGUUUGGUGAGAUUGCUGAAGCACGAUGUGAAGCGUCCAGACUUCAUGAACUACCUGGACAGAGUGUCCAGUGUGUACUGUGACAUGUCCACUGAGAAAGAUCCUGUGGUGUACUUGAGCGUGCCGCGAACGCCUCAGCGAUCCUUCCUGCAAAUUGGGCCGGAUGUGUUGAUCUCAGUGACGCGCUCUGGAGUCCUCUCCACGCACACUUGGGUAUCGUACGACAAGGAAAAGGGCUUCGUCUUCGGCACGGACUCCGUAAAGUCCAGAAAGACGCUCUCAGCUGCCUUUCAUCCAGCUGUGAAGCUUUCAGCGAAGCUCUUCGCCCUGAAUGUCGAGGGAAAACUUCUGUAUGUGGGCGGAAUCUGGGAUUGCAGUCUCAAGGUGUUCAGCGUGCAUAAAGGACGCGCCGUGGCUUCCGUCGUGGCGCAUUCAGACGUGAUCACGUGUUUGGCCGUCGAUGCGAGUGGAAUGCAUCUGGUGACGGGCUCGCGGGAUUGCACUUGCGUCCUCUGGUCCAUCUCCAACACAAAUCUCACGCAGAGCUCCGUUGGACUGGUGAGUCUGACCACAGUGGCGGGUGUGGCCGCGUCUGGAGGAGCAGCCGGUGCGGGAAAUCUCCUGGCACCGCUACCUCUAAAGGCUCUGCAUGGGCACGAGAGCGCGAUCUCCGCAGUGGCCAUAAUGACGGAGUUUGACGUGGUGGCUUCAGGAUCGCUGGAUGGAACUGUGAAUCUCUACAGCAUCGAGAGCGGCCAGCUGAUCCGCACUGUGAGUCCUCUGGGCUGCACCGGUGUGAACAUCGAGAUCUCCUUCGUCACCAUCUCUUAUCAGGGCCACGUGGCCUUCUCCGCCUUGGACGACACCUCCUAUUCUGUCCACGCCUUCACUGUCAAUGGAAUCAAUGUUGGGUCGAAGUACGUGUCGGGACGCGUGACGAGCCUCGCUACAAUCAAUGACCUCCUGGUGGUGUCUGACGACGCUGGGGAUAUCACGAUCAGUCGGUUGAACGGCCUGAAGCCCAUCUUCGACAUUCCUCUGCACAUUCCCAUCGAGACGCUGGUCGUGGUGCCGGGAAACAGUCACCUUCUGGCGCCGCUGCGAGACGGAAAUCUCGCUGUGGUGGGUGUGAUGCUGCCCAAUUCCUCUGCCUCAGGCGCGUCUGGCAUGCCGUCCGCGAGAAAACAUUCCAUCCUCACGGUCUGAGUUACACUUUAGAAUUUCUAACUUCAGUUUUAUUCGGUGCUGGUGUCAAUGUUUAGUACAUUUUUAGGCCUAACGUCCAAAUGAACAGAGAAUUGUAUAUAGGAAUUAAUCACAAAGACUAAACUAAAAAAUAACUGUAGCAGCGAAUAUUAAAGUGACGAGAACGAGUAUCUACUUCUGUCUCUUGGCUGGAGGCCGGCGGCUUCCGGGUGGGAGUUUGCGCUUGGGAGUCGCGGGCUUCGGCUCCCUAUUGCGCUUCCUUUGGCGCCACCAGAGGAAGUUCGAAACAAACUGCUGCGGAUACAUCUUGAGGAGGGUUUUAAUCUCCCAACAAGGCUCGAAGAGCUCAAACAACUUCUCCACCGGGCAAGGUGACAUGAAGGCUGGCAUCCCGGCGAAGAAAAUGUUAGCAUCUUUCUGUAAGAAUCCCAAAAUUCAAAUGUGUCCAAAAAAUCCCGAAGAAAUUCAAAGAAUACUUA